AUGGAAUGUUUUGUGCCGCUGCAUGGCGAUCUUAAUGGAAGUAAUAUAGAACAAUUACGCCAGUCGCAUUUGUCUCGUCAAUUCAUUAUAUUUGACGAGCAACUGAACCUAUGGCUGCGAUUCGAAAAUGAUACGCAAGAUAAGAGGAGGUUUGAACUGCAAAAUAUGAUAAUUUCAAUAAAUGAAGCCCAAGUCAUCAGUACGGACAAUAUCGAUGAUUCCUUCACUCAAAUUGACAAGGAUGGGAACCUCUGGAAAUUAAAAGACGACUACUGUUCCAAGGCUCUUUUCAAAUCGAAUGUGGUUAUGAAUAACGGAUAUAAUAAUCAAAUCAGAUUCCUGUUUGAAUAUAAGUCUGUGGAUGAAGAUCAUAGUAACCAAGAUAUAUCGCAAGCCUCAGAUAGUAGUAAUACGUUGGACAGGUACUGUAGCGAGGAAAUUUUACCGAGCUUCGAACCUGUUUAUUCCUGGUCCUGCGUAACUAGCAAAUCAGGCAAUGGUGUUGGUAUUCACGUGCAGAAAGAUACUAGGAUAGACCAUCCAGGUGCUUCUAAAAAUCGCGAAAUUUAUGGAACAAAAACUUCUAAAAACUUCGAUACAUUAAGUUUGAAGCUGCAGUAUCCGAUAUAUUCGCUUCUGAAUAUGAGAUUGAGGAACAUUUCUUUAAAAUCUGAGCAUUGCAUACUAUCGUCAUUAGAUUUUCAAACUUCCAAAGCAUCUGAACAACUCACUAAAAAAUUUAUUUACCCUCAAGAACACAAUUCACUUCUCAAACUGAAUUUUUCUGAAGUAUCGUACAAACUUAUUGAUGGAACUUCUCAAAUUAGGCUAGACCCAAUUUGUCCCCUUAAAGUGCCAUUUACUGCGUUUUCAUACGAUAGUAUAAGCGCUACCUUUAGGCUGGUAUUAUUACCCAAAUCAACGCAACCACACCGUGUAAGAAUUACUUUAGCAUACGAACUUGAGUUAAUGUGCGAUUUAAAGUUACCUGUGAGAACGUCAUGGGAAACGGAAGUGACGUUGAAACGUUCUAUGCCAAUUUCUUCGACAUCCUCCCAGUACUCGAAUGCCAACAAUAAUAUUAAUCACAGCACUUCCUUUAAUGGUGCCAAUAAUGCCAAUACCGGUGGUUUGAUGAGUAGCUUAAGAUUGAAUGGGAUUUCUUCUUCAAGAUUUAGUCUUGGAGCCGCCUCAACUACAUCAUUGGUGAAUAGCAAAUUAAGUAAUGUUAAAUUCAAGUUCAUCAAUAGCAAUAUCAAGGUUAUUAAGGGUGAAAAAUUCACUAUGAGGCUUCAGAUCAUAAAUUCAUCCUCGUCCCCGUUGGAUCUUGUUGUGUACUAUAAUAAUACAAUAAACCCGAUUUCUUCAGCUAACAUUGUACGCAAUAAUGGUGUAAACAAUUAUAGCAUGAACAAUGGAAGCAUCCCAAAUCCGCCACUAACUUUGGAAAGCCAGUAUCAAAUGCAUAAGAAGAACAGCAAAAUCGCGGAGGGCAUCAUUCUGCUAUCUAAUGAUUACAAAAUUCCAGUGGUCGCUCCGAGGGAAACAUAUUUCGUGGAUUUGCGAUUUAUUGGAAUUAUGUGCGGAUAUUAUGCCACUCUUUCGGGACUCAAAGUAUUGGAUUUGAAUACAAACGAGCUUAUAGAAGUUGGUAAUGGCGCAUCUGUAUUGAUUCAAUAA